AUGAGCAGAAGCAAAAGUCCUAGACUCUCGAGAGCUGGAUCUUAUUCUUCACUCUGGAGGUCUUGGAGUCCUAUGCUCGAAGGGUCAAGUAGCUAUGACACAUCACGUCAGAACUACCCUUGGCUGGCGAAUGACGGCACGGGACAAGGGCUAUACGAAUCUGUGACUGCUGGAUGCUCAAGACCACUGUCAUUACUAGCCGAGGUUCCUGAUGUCGUAAGCCAGUCAGAUCGGUCCAUCAAGUCUACAGAUGACUUAGAGCAACAGUCAGCCCUGGGACCUCUCCCCGGACGUCAUGAUGAAGAUCCCAACCUUGUCACCUGGGACGGUCCCCAAGACCCUUGCAACCCUCACAACUGGUGCAGGCGCAAGAAAUGGCUCUCCACUAUUCUUGUCUCUUGUUUCACUUUCAUCUCUCCCGUGUCUUCGACAAUGCUGGCUCCCGCUUUACCGGAUUUGGCAAUUGAGUUCAAGAUAUCAUCAGAUUUUGAGACAUACUUACUCAUGUCAAUUUUUCUUCUUGCAUACGCGAUCGGUCCAUUCCUACUAGCCCCGUUGUCUGAGAUGUUUGGCAGAGUUGUUGUUCUUCAGUCAGCAAAUAUGGUUUACCUGGUGUUCAAUACCGUGUGUGGAUUUUCUCAAACGAAGCAGCAAAUGCUAGUCUUUCGCUUUCUGAGUGGUCUUGGUGGAAGCGCUCCACAAGCGCUUGGAGGGGGUGUGCUGAGUGACUGCUGGCGCAAGGAAGAAAGGGGAACGGCGACUGCUAUCUACAGUCUUGCUCCAUUUUUAGGGCCUGCAGUAGGACCAAUCGCUGCUGGUUAUCUAACUCAGCAUUUAAACUGGCGUUGGAUCUUUUGGGUUGUUUCUAUAGCUGAUGCUGUGGUUCAGGUACUUGCGUUUCUGUUCCUACAAGAGACAUAUCCACCCAAGAUUCUGAAGGUCAAGGCCAAAACCCUCCGCAAGCUAACUGGCAACAAGUAUCUGCAUACAGAGUUUGAGCAGCGAGAUCGAACAUUCAUUUCGUUGCUACUGAGCAACUUGAAGCGGCCCUUUGUCAUGCUGUUCACACAACCAGCGAUACAAAUUACCGCACUGUACCGUGCCUACUUGUAUGGUUUGAUGUUCGCUUCGUUUCCCAUGGUAUGGGAAGAACAAUACAAUCAGCAACCUGGCCGUGCCAGUUUGAACUAUAUUUCGCUCGGUAUAGGCUUUGUCAUCGGACUUCAAAUUUCCGGUCCCUUAAUCGACAAGGUUUACAUUAUGCUCAAAUCCCGUUACAAUCAUCCUGGACGACCUGAGUUUCGUGUUCCUUUAAUGUUUCCUACAGCCCUGGUGACACCUGCUGGUCUUGUUCUCUAUGGUAUUGCAGCGCAUCUCAGGCUCCACUGGAUAAUACCAAAUAUUGGAGCAGCGAUCUUCGCAGCAGGCCUUAUUCUUUCGUUCCAGUGUGCUCAGACAUACAUCAUUGAUUCUUAUGAGAGAUAUGCUGCAAGCGCUACUGGAGCUGCAGCCUUUGUACGCACAAUGGCAGGUUUCAGCUUUCCUUUGUUUGCGCCAGCCAUGUAUCAGAGACUGGGAAUUGCAUGGGGAAAUGGAUUGCUUGCUGGGACAGCCAUGGUUAUUUGCCUUCUUGCUCCUGUUGUGCUAUGGCGUUAUGGAGAGUGGAUCCGACGGAAGAGUCUAUAUUGUGCUGGAUAG